CUAACUGGUUCAUAUAAUUCGAAAAAUUGUUUAAGUAUAAAGUCAUUGUGAUUCUGGUGGCGUUUCGGUGGUUACAUUUUUUGGAAAUUAUAUCGAAAAUGAUUAAGUUUGUUACAAUAGUUUUUCUAUUAGCCGGAACAAACGGGCAAUAUUACAUCCCCCAUGUAGUGCAACAGCCUUAUUUUUACCAAGCACCGCAAUUCUAUAACCCCCUACCCCAAUUAUUUCAACCCCCUGUGUUUUACCAACAACCCCUUCCAUAUAACAACCCUCAUAUACAAAAAAGCAUCCCUCAAGUGCAGAGCAGAACUUAUGAAGAUUUGAGCCCAAAAAGUCCUAUUGGGGUUGUACCGGAGAAUUUUAGAGGUUUUGGUUAUCACACUAAUUUCGAUGAUGGGGCUACAUCCACUGUUGUAUUCUUUAAUGGACCUCAAAGAUUGAACAGCAACACUAACACCAAGACGAGUGUUACUGUAGCAUCUGAUAGUUUGGAUCCACAGAACAAAGAAAAUUUGGAUAACGCAACAGGUCGUAUUGGAAAGAGUAUUGCAAACCCAACAGACUCGUUCGCGAUGAUUAAAUCCUUCUUGAACCAUCCAAAUCUCCUCGGAAAUGGGAUCAAUUAUUUCACCGCCGAUUUUUCCGCACCUGGAUAUCCAGCAAGUACGAUUCCUCUAAAUCCAAGUACCACCACCACAGAGCGAGUGAAGGAAGCCACAGAAUCGAUUUCGACGACUGAAACGAGCGUGUCAUCGACAACGGAGAGUUCGGAAGCAACAACCGUCUCCUCGGAAAGUGAAAGUACAGAAGAUGCCGACCAAAAUGUUACUACUGAACAGAUCAAUGAUACUACUACUAUCUAAAUCAGGACCGGAUUAGGUUCACUUUAUAAUUCGACAUCAAAUAAAAAAAACGAACCUAGAACCAUUUAUUGGCAUAUAUAUCUCGACUGUUUUCAUUGUAAUCAAAAAUCGUAAGGAAUUUUUUGUUUAGUUAAAUUUAAUAAAAGACAUAAAAAUGUAAA